GUACAAUCACCGGAGAUACAGUUUUGUGCACAUGUCGCUUCCUCUCUCACAAACAUUCUCAAUGUUCGAGAAGCCGAAACCUGCUGUGAUGGGUCUCCACAAACCUCUGGUCAUGGCUAUAGCGACUGGUUUGCAAACGAAAAUAUGGGUCAGGAUGGCGAACGACAGUGCGAGUGGCAACGCGUAAUCAAGAGCUACUCCAAAGCAUCCAUAACCGGCUUUCACAGCAUUCAUUCUCGCACAUCUGAUCGUGGUCGCAUGUACACAGUAAGAACGACUAUGGGCCCAGCCUGUGUGGAUCAAGUCCAAAAAGAUGGAGCGUGUUGCCAAGGGGAAGCAACAUAUGAUCAAUACUAUAGAGACUACACUUGCCAUCGCUGUUUGUGGACAACAUGGGUCUAUUCCAUGGACACAGUGUAA